AAGAACAGACCGGUAGUAUCAACUAUCAUACGGUCUUUCGCUUUCACAACAGAAGGGUAAAAUACGUAUCCGGCAUUGCACCAAUUUGGAGUUAGCAUUUGGAAAAUUUUCAGAGCCCCCAAACUGUCAUGACUCCGUUGGAAGUGAUAACAGACUGUCUGACAGUCAAGUCGAUAUUGAUGUAUGUAGGGGUUUUCUAUGUUGCCCUGUGGUUUAUCAGAAGACCAAGGAAUCUCCCUCCCGGCCCAACUGGCUUACCUUUCCUGGGUUACUUCCCUAAGUUAGCCCUGCAGGGAAAUGAGUACAAAUCCCUGGCCUUGCUCGCCAAGACCUACGGGGAUGUGCUCAGCUUGAAUCUAUGUGGACAGCUGGUGGUGGUCGUGAGUAGCUACGAAGCCGUCAAGAAAGCCUUUGCUCAUCCGAACUGCAGUGACAGACCGCCGACAACCUUUUACAGCAAGGCCACGCCGGACGGAAAAGCUUUGGGGGUAGUAGCUGCGUCGGGUCCCAGCUGGUCUGAACAGCGAAAAUUUUCCCUGAAGGUACUGAGAGGUCUUGGUGUUGGAAAAGCAAGCUUCGAAGAAGCCAUAGCUGGUGAGGCAAACUGCCUGAUCAAAGAGAUGAAGAGCCGCAAGGGAGACCCAUUUAAUCCGAUUGACUUGAUAAAUAACGCCGUCGCCAACGUUAUCUGCUCCGUGACCCUUGGUAAAACGUUCGACUACUCUGACACUAAGUUUCAGCAACUCUUGAGAAUGAUGAACAGAAAUUUCGAGAUUCUUCGCGGAGGGUCCUUGUACCAACUUUUGCCCUUCGUCCGAUAUCUGACAUUCACGGCUACCUUCAAAGAGCUCCAAUGGAAUCUGCAUCAGAGGUUGAGAUUCCUGGGAGAGUAUGUGGACGACCAUCGUCAGCAUUGGGAUCCAGACAAUCCAAGAGACUUCAUCGAUGUCUUCCUCGGUGAGAUUCACAAUAACGAGAAAAACAACAUUAAGAGUCACGUCACACCCUAUAAUAUGCUGCUCACCGUCUUCGAAUUGUUCGUUGCUGGGACAGAAACCGUCUCGUCCACUCUCCGCUGGGCCUUACUGUACGCGAUGGCCUACCCGGAAGUACAGAGCAAAAUCCAGCGAGAGCUCGACGAGGUAGUCGGUCGCAACCGGUUGCCUUGCCUCGCUGACAAACCCGAGCUGUCGUACACAGAAGCGACUAUCGAGGAGGUGCAGCGCAUUGCUUGCGUGGGCGCACUUGGCCUGCCCCACAUGUUUUCGCGAGACACGUCCAUCUUCGGGCAUGACAUCCCUCGGAAGACCAUUCUUGUUCCUAACUUCUGGGCAGUGAGCCGAGACCCAAACCUCUGGUCAGAACCGGAAAAGUUUCGACCAGAGAGGUUUCUGGACGAGAAUGGAAAAGUGAGACACCGAGAAGGGCAUUUGCCAUUUUCGACAGGUCGUCGGGCGUGUCCAGGAGAGCAACUGGCUAAGAUGGAGUUAUUCAUCUUCUUUUCCUUCUUCCUGCAUCAGUUCACCUUCGUGAAGCCGGACAAUUCCCCUCCCAUCUCACUCAAGGCUGUCAACGGUCUUACCCUCACGCCCACUCCCUUCGAAACCUGCGCGAUACUUAGGGAAUAGCGUAGUGAUUUUGAUCGAUAAGUUUAAUUUCACUUUCAUACAGAUUAAACAACUAAUUAGUUAUAGUUCAUCAGAAAGUAUGAACACUUUUAUUCUUGUUAAAAUAGGCUGGUAUGAGUUCCUGGAAGAACUGAGCCUUAUAAUUACUAGAGGGCUAGCCCAUUAUGCAAAGUGAAGCUUGCUUAGGGCAUUCGUGUUUUUUACACCAACCUGUAGCGGUUCUUCGGCCACCUGAUUUAGUGUGCCUCCCAAGAGUUUGCAACGCGUUGGCUAAUCACGAGGCCCCUAACCUUUGCCAAACGCGCAUUGGGCCGACAGAUUUUGCGCAUCGUGAUUGGCUAACGCGUUGCAAACUCUUGGAGGCACACUAUCGUGAAUCACCCUUAUUUCCACAAUUAAUGCGCGGAAAGGCGUACGAUUUCGAAUUCUUUCCGCAUUCUGACGUUCACGAAAUUGCCAGUAGAAAUACAUUGAUUCGAAAGUGUCCGCGUUUGCUCGUCAGUCACAUCACGUGAAAACAAACUUGAAAUUUUGUUCAGCUUUUGUACAGUUUUGUGCAUAUUUGCGUAUAGUCUGUAUUCUAAAGAGAUGUGUCCACGAGGCCGAUAUGCUAAAACAAAAACUAAGCGCACAAUCAAGUUGGUCGAUAGAAACAGACGCACGUACGCUGCAGAUAAAAAAACCUAAAUGCAGAAACCAGCAAAUGAUGUACUUGCGCGUUGCAUUUAGACUAUUAUAAUUUGGAAUUUUUCCCAUGUUAUUUAUCAUCUUCGUUGAUCUCCAUUAUAAAAAGAGAUCAAUGAUCAUAUUCUACAUAGUUAUGCGUGCAUAAAUUCAAAACGACUGCGCCCAGGAGGCAUCAAAGCUUCAUCCGCGUAGGAAUUGAUGAGUUAGCGCUCUAGUGAUUUAUAGGGACCAUGUAACAGAAAGUUUUUACUAAAAUUCUUGAAAUUUUGUGUUUCAUUUGCCCUUUUCCAUUUUGUGGUUGCUAUUUUUGUCUUUUUCUUUCUUGUUUUUUUGCUUUUUACGCUGACAGGGAUUUGCAUAUUCCUGACCAAAACUGUAACGUAAUCCAAGGUACUGAACACAGUGUAGCAUAAAUUUGUACACAAAAAAUUGCUAGAUUUAUUCACUCUUUGCUAUCCAAGUACAUGUAUAAGUACAUGACAAUACGGCAGUGAGCAACCUUUUCUCAGAAAUAUUUUCCAAGAGCAAGUUAGGUUUAAAACAGACAUGUGGUUUUCCCACAGACAAAAGCGCAUAGACCACCAGUGGGUUUUCGUCACAACGUGCAUAGACCGUCGAUCUUGCGCGAUUUGGAAAAGUAUUCGGUUCGUACGUGUGACGUCACUUCAGUGACGCCCAUCACUGCACAUUGUUACACAUUGAUCUCAUGGAGUCACAUGAAACCGGAAGUUAAUGCACAACUUAAGUGUUCGUCCAAUGGGAGCCCGCAAUCGAAGUCACUUACGAACUGGAUGAGCAAACAAUGCGCAAAGCGGUGGAUGGCAGCGCGUUCAGUGCGCAUUACGCGCAACGCACUUACAUUGUCUGUGGAUGUAAUUACUUGCAUGUGCUCCAAAAAUACGUUCAACUUUGUUGCUCUUCGGUUCUGCUAACUCUUCUUUUAAACGUUGCGACCGCAUUGUUUUGAAUCCCUAUGGGCCAUAUUAAGUAACUGGAGGAUUUUUUACAAUCGAAAACUGGCUUCAUAGAAUUUUUAUGGCUGGACUUCAUCAACUGUGCUUAAAUUCCUCACGCCUUGGGAUGAAUUUGCCCAUAGUUUUGGUUUUCGUCGAGCGCCACAACGAUGUGUGUCUUCCCGGAUUUACAUCACUAACAGGGCCCUCACUUGUCUAGAAAAGCUUAGUCAAUUUUGUAUGUUUGAAAAAAAGCAGUUAACAGUUCAUCUAACUUCUAACAGAUUUAUUAACAUUUGCAAAAAAGUGAUUCUAAGAAAAAAAUUACCGCAGCAUUGAUCCAUUAUUAUAGCUCUACGGGUUCAUCAGGUUUUACUUUU